UCUGCGUAUUGCUACCAAUGGCGUCUCCUAAAAGCCCUGCUCUCCUCCUUCUCCUACUGGCAUCCGUCCUGGCCUUAGCGUCCGGGCAGCAGCAGCAGGAGUACUGCCGGGACACGCUGGGCGGGCUUGAGGCGUGCCACGCGUUCAUGUACGAGGGCGCGGCGCGGGCGUCCGCCGGCUGCUGCGCGGCGUACAGCGCCGCCUUCGACGCCGACCCGUUCUGCCUCUGCUACAUCGCCAACGGCGUCUACGGCCGCUCCACCGGCUACAACGUCAACGUCACCCACGCCCUCGAGAUCCCCACCAGCUGCGGCCAGAUCGCUCCCCCCAUCGACCUCUGCAACAUGCAAGGGCUGGUGCUUCCUCCCUACGGGCCAGCUAACUCUCCGGCGGCUCCUGGACCGGCGCAGGCGCCACUGGCUUCGUCUCCGGCCGCGCAGCCACCUUCAGCUUCAGCAGGAUCAGUAGAAACGCCACCGUCGACGUUGCUGUCGUCUGCUCCCCCGCCGCCGCAGCCAACCUCUGGUGGUGCUCGUGAUUCUUCAGUGAAGAUGGCCUUCGUGUUCUUCGCCGUCGCUUGCAUUGUCGCGGCCGUGGCCUGAAGUUGGGACCCACAAGAUUCAGAGAGACAUGUAUAGAUUGGGAGUAUUAGCUACUAGUAGUACAGAUUGAAUAGGAAUUAGUCGUGUCUAGAUUAGGAGUAUUAGCUACAGAUUAAAUUAGAGAUUAAUAAUCGUGUCGACGAACACAAUUUUCUUUUACUUGCAAAUAUUUGAGUAGAAUUUAUCAUGCAUGCAUGUUCUGCUUGCGUAUA